AUGGCAGAGAAGAAGAACCUGCUUGUACUUGACACCGUGACCAGGAGACUCGCCUCCAUAGUCAACCACCUUGGUGCCUCUUCUCAAUUUGAUCACCCUUAUCUUCAUCCCCACAACCAACUCCAACUUGGCCUCUGUGACUCUUCAACUUCCCGGAAUGAUAACUACGAACGUGUUCACGGUGAUGUUCCCUCCCACAACAUCGUUUGGAGGGUCAUCGCUUCCGAUGCUGACUCCGACAAGGAGUUCACUGACAUCAUCUGCGAGAAGGCUGUUGGGGUAGGCAUAGCCAAGAUUAGUAUUAAUAGGCCUGAGAGAAGGAAUGCCUUUCGACCCAAGACAGUUAAAGAACUUAUUCGUGCUUUCAAUGAUGCCAGGCAUGAUAGUUCUAUUGGGGUUGUCAUUCUUAUUGGCAAAGGGACCAAGGCAUUUUGUAGUGGUGGUGACCAAGCUUUGAGGACAGCAGAUGAUUAUUCUGAUAAUGAAGAUAUCUAA